UUUUUAUUUGUAUGCAAAAUAUAAUAAUAAUAAACACGUUAUUCAGACAAUAAAUACGUCAUUGAAAACAAUUUUAUUUAUUGAUAAGUGAGAAUAACAUUUUUAUUUAUUUAAUUGAAAUUUAUUUCUCAUUUCUCUUUAAAUUAAUGAAAAUCAAUUCAAAAGUUAGCGCCAAUCUUAUGUAAACGGUUGCAACUUACGUAAUUAACGUAACAAACUGUAAUAUAAUUUAUAUUAGUUCCUACCAUCACCGCUGGUAGCGCUAGUUGAAUGUUUGUUUUGGUUUGUUUUUUCCAUUUAAAUUUUGACAGCUAUGCUUUAAAUUUAAAAGAAAACAUUAUUAAUUAUUAUUACUAUUUAUUAAUCUUUUGGUUAAAAUCUUUUCAAUACAUCAUUCUUAUAUAAAUGUCAGUGGGAUAUAACAAAAAUAAAUUCAAUGGAGGAGAAAACGUUUACAAAAUUAGAAAAUAGUGAAUUAUUAAGAGAACAUCAGGAGAAGCUUUUUGAUCUUGAGAAACAAUUAGAAAUUCAAAAGAAAAAAUUAAUCGAAGCCGAAGAAGAAACGUGUCAUUUAAAAGAACAAGUAAAUUAUUUUAAAAAAAUAAUUAAAUUUGGUGAUGAAAAUUUAUAUAUUAGUGACAUUUUUCUCUUACAGUUACUAGAUCAUAGUACAUUUAGUAUAAGUUUAGGAGCAGUUUUGGGUAACCUUUUAUGGCAUGCUUCAAAAAUACCGGAUGUAGUUGAAAUAUGGAUUUCAAAGCCUUAUAUAAAACUCGAUGAAUUUUUUGGUGCUGUAAAUGGCACUUUUUUCUCAUUUAUAAAAACCUAUGGAGAAACUGAACUUCCAAUUAAUAGUGAUGAAUGUCAAUUUGUAAUGAGUCUUUUGGGAAUUACGGCAAAUCUUAGUGUAAGCGGAAAAGAAUUUAUUCUAACAAGAACAACUGGCAAAGAACUCAUUAAAAAUCUUAUUGAUUACUUUUCAUAUUUACAAUUAGCAACACCAAGACAUGCUUUAUGGAGAUGUAAAAAAAUAAUCUUAUGUAUUUUGUAUAACAUAAGUCUUAAUGUAAUUGGAGUUCAAUUAUUGCGUGAUUUUCAAGUAGUAAAUAAAGUUUUACGUCAUUGUUUUAAAGAAACUACACCCGAGGACAUAAAUCUACAUUGUCUGUAUAUUUUAGACUCAAUAACAUCCGAUUUAAAGGAUCCAAAACAUCUGCAAGAAAUACUUGCAUCAAUUUCAUUAGAAAAAAUGGAAAAAAUUGCUUUAACUGAAGAUUAUCAAAUAAUUACAAUAAUAAAGAAAAUUAAGAGAAAUUUAAAAAUAGCUCAAAAUCUUUUGCAUACAAAUAAAGAGAGGUUAUAAAUAA